AGACAGUGCCCGGACGAAACAGGGCUACACUGGAAUAUCAGUGUGUUUUUGAGCUGAAAUGAGUGAUGUUGUUGAGAAGACCCUCAGUGCUCUACCUAGUCUGCUGUCUCUGGACUCUCAGCCAGGAGUCGGUAAACUUUCAGCCACCUCCAGAUUAGGACAUUUAGUCAAAAGCAUCACUGAACUGACCUCCAAACAUGAAGAGGAAAAGCUUAUCACUAAAGAACUGGUUGCUAUUAAAGAACAACUAUCAUCACCUAAUACUACAUUGAGACAGAUGAGGGAGCUGAUGGUGAGGGCCAUGUAUUGUGAGAUGCUCGGAUAUGAAGCCUCUUUUGCUUACAUCCAUGCCAUCAAACUCGCUCAACAGGGCACAGUACUGGAGAAGAGAGUUGGUUAUCUUGCAGUUUCAUUAUUUCUUAAUGAGAAUCAUGAGCUGUUGUUGCUGUUAGUCAAUACAGUUUUGAAGGAUCUUCAAAGCACCAACCUCAUUGAGGUCUGCAUGGCUCUGACUGUUGUUAGUCAGAUUUUCCCCAAAGACAUGAUACCAUCUAUUCUACCACUUGUAGAGGAAAAGCUGUCCCAUCAAAAGGAAAUCAUAAGAAGAAAAGCAGUGCUUGCUUUGUACAAGUUCUACCUGUUCGCUCCAAAUCAGGUUCAGCAUAUCCACAGCAAGUUCCGAAAAGCCUUGUGUGACAAAGACCCUGGAGUCAUGAUGUCCUCCCUACACAUCUACCUACAGAUGAUAAAGGAGAAUCCAGACAACUACAAGGAGCUGAUAGCCAGUUUUGUAACCAUCUUGAGGCAGGUGGUUGCCGGGAAGCUGCCGCUGGACUUUAACUACCACAGCGUCCCAGCCCCAUGGCUGCAGAUCCAGCUGCUUCGCAUCCUGUCCCUGCUUGGAAAAGAGGACCAGAGCACGAGUGAGCUGAUGUAUGAUGUUUUAGAUGAAUCGCUGCGAAGAGCAGAAAUGAACCACAACAUUACUUAUGCAAUUCUGUACGAGUGUGUAAAAGCUAUCUAUACAGUAUACCCCAAAGCUGAGCUGCUGGAAAAAGCUGCUAGGUGCAUUGGAAAUUUUGUCUUGUCUUCAAAGAUUAACCUUAAAUAUCUGGGUCUUAAAGCUCUUGCUUAUGUGGUUCAGUAUGAUGCCAACCUUGCCCUGCAGCACCAGAUGACUAUUAUAGAAUGUUUGAAUCACUCAGAUCUCAGCAUCAAGAGAGAGACCCUUGAGCUGCUUUUUCGGAUCACCAAUGCUCAAAAUGUCACUGUGAUCGUGGAGAAGAUGCUGGGAUUUCUGCGACUUUGUAAUGAUGAAUACACCAUCAUCGAUCUGGUUGGAAAAGUAGUUGAACUGGCUGAAAAAUAUGCUCCAGACAACGAGUGGUUUAUUCAGACUAUGAAUGCAGUGUUUUCUCUUGGUGGUGACCUCAUGCAGCCAGACAUUCCCUGCGACUUUCUUAGGCUGCUUCACGACGGCUCAGAUGCUGAGGAGGAGGACAGGCAGCUGAAGCUGUAUGCGGUGGAUUCCUAUCUGGCACUGUUAAAGGGAGACUGCUCUCGACAGCCCCAACGCUUCCUGCAAGUCAUCAGUUGGGUGUUGGGAGAGUAUUCUCACAUGAGAAAAGGUCUCGAUCAGUGCGAGGUGAUCAGCCUCCUAAAAAAGCUGCUGGAACAGAGAGGAGUAAGCUCGGAGACAAAAAGCUGGGUACUAUUAGCCCUAACCAAGCUGUGCCAGGGCUCUGGGCAUGCAGAACUGGUAAUGGAGCUGGCAGAGUCUUUGUCUUCCUCAUUAGACACAGUGCUGCAGCAACAAGCUCAUGAGCUGCUCUGCCUCAGCCAGGACUCACAGCUCCACACUCAGGUUCUGCCUCAUUCAGCAACCAGAGACAGCAUAGAGGUGGACUCAUCGCUCUCUUUCUUGGAUGGUUUUGUAUCUGAAGCUCUGGCUGCGGGAGCUGCUCCAUAUAAGCCAGCUCAUCAAAGACAGGAAGAGCUUCAGCAGAGAGCGCUUAGUUUGGAACCUUAUAGGCUGUCUCUGCCGGUUAGCCUAUCGUCCUGCAACCUGCCAGACAGACAGUCUCCUAAUCCGUUAUCUGUCAGCUCUGGCCUCUCUGGCAACAGUGCUGAAGCAUUACAUAGGACAGAUGGAAACACUUUGAAGUUGGAGGGGGUGAAGCGAGUGUGGGGGAAGGAGGGUUACCUACCACAAAAAGAACCUACAGAAACACCGACUGCUGCAGAGGAGUCGAACAAUACAAUUCCGUCUUCCCAGGAGGCAGGGGCAACACACCCUAUUCAUCCAGAGCCUGAGCCACUGUCUUCACAUCUGGACCAGGAGAAACAGCAGCUCGCUUCUUCUCUGUUUGUUGGACUGGGAUCUCAGAACUCUGCUUUUUUGCUGGGUAAAAGUGAGACCCCACCGUCACGUUUUAGAAGAAAACACCGCCAGCAUGAUUCAGCUUCUUCAUCCGGCACCAGUGAGGCAUCUUCAUCUUCCUCUCAAUCCUCCUGCCGCAGCAGGACAGACAACAUCUUAUAUGGUGGCUUGCUAGAGGAGGAGCCAGCAACACCCAUACAGGGCCUAAACCACACCAAAAAGCAUGCCACGAUCAUUGGCAGUCGUGAUGCCAUGCAACACAGCCAGACAGCCGUAGGCAGAAAGGAAGCUGGUGCCUUUAACAAUGUGAAUGAGGACAAACCAGGAAUUUUGUGUCAAAUCUUAGGAAGCGAUAUGGUGAUUGUCAGACCCAACGCACUGUCAGAAGAAACCUUGGUGUUGCAUCAGAACAAAAAUAAACCACUUCCAUCUUCCGACCCCUGCAGUUCAGAUUCUGCUGUAUUACAGUUACCAUCUGAGCUUCGAGACCGACCUCACUCGGAAAUCAUCAGCUUGAGCUCAGACACAUGCCUGUCUGUUUCUUACUGUCGUGUUUUCAGAGAGGAUGCUCUGUUGCUUGUGCUCUUUCUCUCCAACCUUGUAGAGACGCCACUUGAGGAUUUGGCUGUUGACCUCGGAUGUGAGGAGAUACAGACAGCCAGCCUUAAAGGAAAUGUAGUGGAGAGUCUGAAUGGUGAAAAUUCAUCAGUGUGUUGGUACACUCUGCUGAUGGAGACCCCUCACACUCAGGUGACCUUCUCAGGAUCAGUGUCAUAUAAAACACAGCCUGGAUCUUUACACACACUGCCAUUCUGUGGCAAGCUCUCCACUGCUGACUUUAUCAGGCCACUAGUAUUAAACACAGAGGAGUAUGGAAAAUUGUGGGUGACCUUAAGUAAUGAUUUGAAGAAAAACCUGAAACUGCUGACAGAUGUUGGAAACCCUCUUGAAGCUACUAUCAAUGUCCUGAAGGACAGCCUUAAACUACAUAUAGUAGACAUCAUUGGAUCAGAGGGCAUUGUAGCUUGUCGUCUGCUCGGCGGCUCCCCCUGCCUGAUGCACUGUCGUGUGCUUGAUACCUCUCUGGCUGUAUGGCUCCGUUCUUCUUUGCCUGGCUUCCCUGACUGCCUCCUGUAUCACUGUCAGAGAGUACUGCAAGAACACUGAGCUACAGGAGCAUCACUUGAUUAUCAUAUGCUGCAAUGUCUUACAAUCUUUCUUCUGCCAAGAAUAUGGAACUGAAUUACCAAAUAGAGUAUGAAUUACCGAUAUGAAUGAAGAAGCUGUCAGAAAUCUAAAAUAAUGACUUACUGUAAAGCAAUAUAACUUGGAUGGUUCUCUACUGUGCUACUUUAGAAUCUAAAUGGGUUGUUUUUUUAAUAACCUCAAUUCCUGAGCUUAAGUGAUGUCACAUUACUGGUGUU